AUGAAGUUCCUCGGGAAGCCCAGGACUCGGACAGCUGCUUUUCUGCCUCUUUGCCUGCUUUUUUUGAAGAUUCUGCAACCAGGGCACAGCCAGCUUUAUAGCAACCGCUACGCUGGUGAUAAGGUGAUUCGACUUAUUCCCAAUACAGAAGAAGAAGCAAAUGCACUGAAGAAAAUAUACCACCAACUUAAGGUGGACCUGUGGCAGCCCAGCAGUAUCUCCUAUGUCUCAAAAGGAGCAGUUACUGAUGUCCAUAUUCCCCAAAAUGGUUCCCAAGCCCUGUUAGCGUUCUUACAGGAAGCCAACAUCCAGUACAAGAUCCUCAUAGAAGAUCUUCAGUACACACUGGAAAAGACAAGCAGUUUGCGACCCCAAAGAAAUCGAAGAUACCUGUCUGGAUAUAAUUAUGAAGUUUAUCACUCUUUAGAAGAAAUUCAAAAUUGGAUGUAUCAUCUAAAUAAAACUCAUCCAGGUCUCAUUCACGUGUUCUCUAUUGGAAAAUCGUAUGAGGGAAGGCCUCUUUAUGUUUUAAAGCUGGGCAGAAAAUCACGAACUUACAAAAGAGCUGUCUGGAUAGACUGUGGUAUUCAUGCAAGAGAAUGGAUUAGUCCUGCCUUUUGUCAAUGGUUUGUAAAAGAAGCUCUUCUAACAUAUAAGAGUGACCCAACCAUGAGAAAAAUGUUGAAUCAUCUGUAUUUCUAUAUCAUGCCUGUGUUUAACGUUGAUGGAUACCAUUUUAGCUGGACCAGUGAUCGAUUUUGGAGAAAAACAAGGUCAAGGAGCUCAAGAUUUCGCUGCCGUGGAGUUGAUGCCAAUCGUAACUGGAAAGUGAAUUGGUGUGAUGAAGGAGCUUCUAUGCACCCUUGUGAUGAUGCAUACUGUGGACCUUUCCCAGAAUCUGAGCCAGAAGUCAAAGCUGUAGCCACUUUCCUCCGAAAACACAGGAAGCACAUUAGAGCUUACCUCUCCUUUCAUGCAUAUGCUCAGAUGCUGCUGUAUCCCUAUUCUUACAAAUAUGCAACAAUCCCCAACUUUAGCUGUGUGGAAUCUGCAGCUUAUAAAGCUGUGAAUGCCCUUCGGUCAGUAUAUGGGGUACAAUAUAGAUAUGGACCUGCCUCCAGCACAUUGUAUGUGAGCUCUGGUAGCUCAAUGGAUUGGGCCUACAAAAAUGGAAUACCCUAUACAUUUGCUUUUGAACUUCGUGACACUGGACAUUUUGGAUUUUUACUUCCAGAGAUGCUCAUCAAACCAACCUGUACAGAGACCAUGCUGGCUGUGAAGAAUAUCACAAUGCACCUACUAAAGAAGUGUCCCUGA